GGAACUCGGUCACCGCCCAAUCCCUCCCUCAGUCUCGGCUAUUGUUGAGAAAUAAAUCCGCAACAGCGAAACCAGCUCUAUCGAAACUUUCAAGUGAGUUAGCAGAGUGAGAAAAAGUGUCGUUUCCGCGAAAGGGAGGAAAACUUUAGUGGCGAAGCGUUGUCAUUCCUCCAUCUUGAAACUUUCCGAACGAAUUGUUUUCGUCUUCCAGACAUGACAAGCAUCAACACUGCCAACAUCAAUUUCAAAUGGGACCCGAAAAGUCUGGAGAUCAGGACUCUGGCAGUGGAGAGACUGCUGGAGCCCCUGGUCACACAGGUCACCACUCUGGUAAACUCAAGUAACAAAGGCCCAUCGAACAAAAAGAAGGGACGUUCCAAGAAGGCUCAUGUCCUGGCUGCUUCAGUGGAGACUGCCACCCAGAACUUUCUGGAAAAAGGAGAGAAGAUAGCAAAGGAGAGUCAGUUCCUUAAGGAUGAGCUCACUGCUGCAGUUGAUGAUGUACGCAAGCAAGGUGAUUCAAUGAGGCAGGCUUCUGGAGAAUUUGCUGAAGACCCCUGCUCUUCUGUUAAGAGGGGCAAUAUGGUUCGUGCUGCCAGAGCCCUCUUGUCGGCAGUCACACAUCUGUUGGUUCUGGCAGACAUGUCUGACGUCUACAAACUUUUGCUCCAGCUUAAAUUGGUGGAGGACAGUCUUGUGAAAGUGCGUAAUGCAGGAACAGAACAGGAUCUGGGUAUCCAAUAUAAGGCCUUGAAGCCAGAGGUGGACAAGCUGAACAUCAUGGCAGCAAAGAGACAGCAGGAGUUAAAGGAUGCCCAACAUAAGGACCAAAUGGCUGCUGCUCGCGGUGUUCUCCAGAAGAACAUCCCUAUGCUGUACACAGCAUCCCGUGCUUGCUUGCAGCACCCUGAUGUUGCUGCCUACAAGGCUAACCGUGACCUGAUCUACAAGCAACUGCAGCAUGCAGUUUCAGGCAUCUCCAAUGCCGCUCAGGCCACUGCCACAGAAGACUCUGCACUCAGUCAAACAGCAGGUGGUGGAGAGCUUGCAUAUGCACUCAACAAUUUUGACAAACAAAUCAUUGUGGACCCCCUGGCAUUUAGUGAGGAGCGCUUUCGUCCAUCCUUGGAGGAACGGCUUGAGAGCAUUAUCAGUGGAGCUGCCCUCAUGGCUGACUCGUCCUGCACGCGAGAUGACCGUAGGGAGCGAAUUGUGGCUGAAUGCAAUUCAGUCCGCCAGGCUCUUCAGGAUCUGCUCUCCGAGUACAUGGGCAAUGCUGGCAGAAAGGACAGGAGUGAUGCGCUGAACACAGCCAUUGACAGAAUGACAAAGAAAACGAGAGAUCUCCGCAGACAGCUACGUAAAGCUGUAAUGGACCAUGUGUCUGACUCAUUUUUGGAAACCAAUGUACCCCUCCUGGUUCUGAUUGAAGCUGCAAAGAAUGGCAACGAGAAAGAAGUCAAGGAAUAUGCACAGGUGUUCCGUGAGCAUGCCAACAAGCUGAUUGAGGUGGCCAACUUGGCCUGCUCCAUCUCCAACAACGAAGAGGGAGUGAAGCUGGUCCGGAUGGCAGCAUCUCAAUUAGAAACUCUUUGCCCUCAGGUAAUUAAUGCAGCUUUGGCCUUAGCUGCAAAGCCUAACAGUAAGGUGGCACAAGACAAUAUGGAUUUGUUCAAGGAGCAAUGGGAGAAGCAGGUCAGAGUCCUCACUGAUGCUGUUGAUGACAUAACAUCCAUCGAUGACUUCCUUUGUGUUUCUGAGAACCACAUCCUGGAGGAUGUGAAUAAGUGUGUUAUCGCUCUGCAAGAGAAAGAUGUGGAUGGUUUGGAUCGCACUGCCGGGGCGAUACGAGGUCGUGCUGCCCGAGUAGUUCAUGUGGUGACUUCUGAAAUGGACAAUUAUGAGCCUGGAAUCUACACAGAAAAGGUGUUGGAGGCCACAAAGCUCCUGACUGACACAGUGAUGCCACGGUUCACAGAGCAAAUUGAGUCUGCAGUGGAGGCCUUGAGCGCAAACCCCUCACAACCAGUUGAUGAGAAUGAGUUCAUUGAUGCUUCCCGUCUUGUAUAUGAUGGCAUUCGAGACAUUCGCAAGGCUGUCCUCAUGAUUAGGACUCCAGAGGAAUUGGACGACUCCGACUUUGAAACUGAAGACUUCGAUGUUCGAAGCAGGACCAGUGUGCAGACAGAAGAUGACCAGCUGAUUGCUGGUCAGAGUGCAAGGGCUAUUAUGGCUCAGUUGCCACAGGAACAGAAGGCAAAGAUAGCAGAGCAAGUCGCCAGCUUCCAGGAAGAGAAGAGCAAACUGGAUGCAGAGGUAUCCAAGUGGGAUGACAGCGGCAAUGACAUAAUUGUUUUGGCCAAGCAGAUGUGCAUGAUCAUGAUGGAGAUGACAGACUUCACCAGGGGGAAAGGACCAUUGAAGAAUACAUCUGAUGUCAUCAGUGCUGCCAAGAAAAUUGCAGAAGCAGGAUCAAGAAUGGACAAGUUGGGUCGUACUAUUGCAGACAAUUGCCCUGACUCAACCUGUAAGCAGGACCUGCUCGCCUACCUGCAGCGUAUUGCCUUGUAUUGCCACCAGCUCAAUAUCUGCAGCAAAGUCAAGGCUGAGGUUCAGAAUCUGGGAGGAGAGCUGGUUGUUUCAGGGUUGGACAGCGCCAUGUCCCUCAUUCAGGCCGCAAAAAAUCUGAUGAACACCGUGGUGUCUACUGUGAAGGCAUCGUACGUCGCCUCCACCAAGUACCAGAAGAACAAGGGCAUGGAGGCCCUCAAUAUGCCUGCCAUUUCCUGGAGGAUGAAGGCACCUGAGAAGAAGCCUCUGGUGAAGAGAGAGAAGCAGGAUGAUGGCCAAACAAACCGGGUCAAGAGAUCCUCUCACAAGAAGCAUGUCAACCCCGUUCAGGCUCUGAGCGAGUUCAAAGCAAUGGAUAGUAUCUAGAGCCUCCCACAUUUUGUUUAUAUAUAGAGAUAAAGGUUGGCAUUUUAUCAAAAAGAGCUUUUAAGAUAUUUUUUUUUGAAAAUUGAAAUCUUUCCAUUGGUGUAUAUGUACAUGUCUGCCUUAUCUCAAUUCCAUAAGAUUGCUGUAUACUGUCUUGUAUGGAAAAUAAUAAGGGAUCAAUUGGACACAGGCGUUUUGUAUUUUCACAUUUGUUUUCUGUUAUGUAUGGUUGACUUAAUUCAACAGACUAUUCUCAUUUAGGUUGUAUUAUUACCAUGCUGGGGUUCUCUGGUCUUUUUCAUUGUUUGGUAAUCUAUACCACAAAUAUCAACUAUGCAAAUUCCCAACUGCCUUAUUUCAACGCGAGCAAUAUUUGUUUGGAGCCUGUAGGGCGUAUGUGAGAUUUGAUGUGUCAUGGCCCACCUGUAACAAACCAAAGUUAGUAUUAUAUAGUUGUAGCUGUUCACACUUGAUGACAGAUGUCUGUCUCGCUCUGUUGAUUUUUUUUGUUUUGUUUUUGUUUUUUGUUUUUUUGUAAAGAGACGUUUAAGCCGCACGGAUAUGCCCGCCACCCCCUUCUCAGUCCAGCUCUGAGCAUUUGAGACUUAUUGAUGAAGUCUUAUAAAACCCAGUGGGCCAAACAAUCAGUGAAGUACACCUGUUCUCUGCAGAGCUGACGAGCUUCAUUUACUGUCAUUGAGACCAACCACCACAACCUAAGAAUGGGUCCAAAUUUUGAGGUAUCAAUACUUUUCUCUCCUCCGCCUGGGAAGAAUGCAUGUAAAGAGACGGGGAGAUUUCCUCCCUAAUACGGCUUGUUUUCAAUUCUAUUCUAGUCCAGACUCUAGAUGGUCAACUUUUUCAAGCCUCCAGCAACUCACAAUGUGUUAAAACCUUGAAAUUGUUACUUGAUCUAACAGCUUUUUGAUGACAUUGUGUGUGAGGCUUUUUGCAAUCGUCCUGGUUUAGUUUCCCAUUCAAAUUCUGUUUUGCCUGAUUGGCAUCAGUGAACUAAUCCCAGAUGGGCAUGUAUGUGCUCACUUUUGAGCUUUUUUUUUUUUUUUUUUUUUUUUGCCAUGCACAGCCAAUAUCUCAAAGGCUUAAGUUUGUAUUUCCUCUGUCUUUUGCUGUAUUUGAUUUUGGAAUAGAGACAAGAAACAACUUUGCUGUGGAUAUUUUUUCUUUCCUUUAUAGCUGACCUGUUAGUGAACACUAUACUGAAUUCAUGUACCUGCUUUCUAUCUAGACAAACAGUUGAAUAAAACCAUCCUCUCCAAUAA